GAAAAAUGAAAAUGGAUAAAUCAUCGCCUGCCUCACUCUCUUUCAACGAGUUCAAGGUUAUACUUUGGGAUGCCAUUAAAAGGUAAGGGACUUCAGAAACUCAGUAGGAUACAUGGAGUCUUCAUCUCUGAUGCCCGGUAAAGAUUCAAACAAGGAAUCACAGCUUAAGUAAGUUUUGAAAUGAUCGAAAGGCAUGAAAACAUGAAUUAGAGUCAUGGAAUCAUUGAAGGGAGUGACGAUCGUCUUUGUUGCAAGGUUUCUAUUUCUCUGAAAUUAGCACUAAAGCCUGAAUAAAUAGCUCAGUAGAGAGUUGAAAUGGGAUCAUCGGUUGCAGGAAGUAACAAAUCAUCCAGAAUUUUGAUGCCGUGUGCGUAUCACCAAUCUAAAUCAGCCGCAAUACUUUCCCCGCGAGCGUCACCCGCAUCGAGAAUCCUUUGAACAGGCCAACGGAUGUCAUGCCUUGCAGCUUCACCAAGAGUGAAUCAGACCCAGCCCAAGCCGCAACCCCUGGAAACCCACAAAAAGCCCAAGACCAUGAAUAAAAAAGGACAGCUGUCACCUCCAUACUUGUAAGAUUAAAGAUUGGGAUGAUUGGAAAAUCCUCCAACUAAAGGAAGCGAGCGCCUUUAAUUUUAUUUUGUAUUCUUUUUCCCGUUGAAAGUCUUUGCAGAUUCGCCAGUCACUGAUUCACCUUCUUCCUCAUUCUCAAAGUAAGUAUGGAAGGUCAGGGUAUAAUUAACCUUCCUGCUUCUAGCAAUUCAUCUGGAAGUGAGAGUGGUGAACUUCGUGAUUUCGAUGAUGGACCUUGUCAAGUAGAUUCUCAACCAAAUAAUGCUGAGACUAAAUAUGGUGAAGGAAAAGCGGAGAGGCUGGAGGUGAAUGAAGGUGUUAUUAAAAAUCCUCAGAGCGAUUUAAUUGUGGAAACGGAGGUAGACAACACUCUUGUUGAUGAUUCAUCUGACAUGCAAAUAAGUGAUGAAAUGACUGAAACUGUGAGAGUUGAAGAGACAUUGGAUGGCUUAAGCUUUGGAGCGCAUUCUGCAUCUUUUACAGCUGAUGGGAAAAUGGAUGGCUUAAGCUCUUCAGUGCCUACUAAAAAGCGCCGUCUUGAUGCCCAAAAUGGAAGUCCCAUCCAGAACAACAUGAUGGAUGGUAUUCCUAUAUCCGGUGUUAAGAGACCCCGGAUGACAUUUGAUGACCAGCAACCUUCUGUUCAUAUUGUGUAUAAUUUCUUAACAAGAGCUAGUAAACAGAAGCUUGAGGAACUUUUGCAGAAGUGGUCAGAGUGGCAAGCUGAACAUGGCACUUCAUCCCCGGAUGAAAACGAACUUAUAGAAUCAGGAGAAGGGACGUACUUUCCUGCUUUACGUGUUGGUGCAGAGAAGCCCUCUACUGUGUCAUUCUGGAUAGACAACCAAACAAGGAAUCCACAUGGUACAGAGAUCAUCACAUUGGAUAGUAACAUUGUGCCUCUUUAUGAUCGUGGAUAUUCAAUGUGUUUGACUUCAGCAGAUGGUUCAAGUAAUUUGGAAGGAGGCUUGGAGAUACAAGAUGAUGCUUCCCGUUGUUUCAACUGUGGUUCUUAUAGUCAUUCCCUGAAGCAAUGCCCGAAGCCUCGUGACAAUCUUGCUGUCAAUGCUGCUCGAAAGCAGCACUAUAAGUCUAAACGAAAUCAGAACACUGGUUCUCGCAAUGCAAUUCGAUAUUACCAGAGCUCUCAAGGUGGAAAGUAUGACGAUCUAAAGCCAGGUGUUCUUAGUGCUGAUACACGACAAUUAUUGGGCCUUGGGGAGUUUGAUCCACCGCCUUGGCUUAACAGAAUGCGAGAAAUUGGGUACCCACCAGGAUAUCUAGCUCCCGAUGAUGAGGAUCAGCCAUCAGGAAUUACAAUUUAUGCUGAUGGAGAAACCAAUGAAGAACAGGAAGAUGGGGAAAUUACUGAAGUCGUGCAUGGUGAGCCAGAGAAGAAAAUGACUGUUGAAUUUCCAGGAAUAAAUGCACCAAUCCCUGUAGAGGCAGAUGAAAAACUUUGGGCACCUGGUUCUUCAAGUUCUGAAUCAUCUAGGAGUAGGUCACACCAUAGAUUACACCAUUCUUCUGAACCUGGCAGCAGAGGGCAUCAUCAUGAGAGAAGGUAUUUGGGGGAUUUUGAAGAUGAAGGGCCUCCAGGGGUUGAUUCUAGAUUUAGCUCAUCUUAUCCCCCAAGGUAUGGUAAUUAUGAUUCUCCUCACAGUUUUCACAGUCCAAGAGAUCCUAUUCCAAGGCCACGAAGCCCAACCUUGGGAAGGUCCUAUUCUGACAGGGGUAGGAGUCCUUUGGUAUAUGAAGAUUUUGCUAGUCAUGGUUCCUAUAGUGCCACACACUACUCAUUGUCAGAUAGGCGAACUUCACCAAGAAUUCAUGGCUCAGCCAGAUUUGAAAGUGAGAUUGAUGAAAGAUGGGAGAACAGCUACCCUGAUUAUUCAUCUCGGUCAAACAGUCACCGAAAUCGCAGCAGGUGGUGAAUGGCAUUGUUGUAACUUUUGUAUUUGUCAUCAGAUUUUAUCAUUGCUUAGUAUUUACUUGCCCCAUGAGGCCAUGACUCCCUUCUUUAGGACGGUGCGCUACUGUUGGUUGUAGCCUAACUUGUAAAGAUUUCUGAAACAGAUGAUGUAUACAUGUGAUUUCAUGGCACCAGAUGGGGUGGGGUCCUUGUACAAUAAGUUAGAUAGGCCUCAGAAGAAUUUAAAGGAUUUCUUUUGCUUAGAUGUAUCCAAUGUCAUUCUCCAGUUAUCUUUUA